CUGCCGCAGUUUUAAAGAUACAACCCAUUCCCCGACCUUCCUACAUUUCCACCCCUGACACACCCAUAGCACAAUCUCUUCUUCUAUCACCACUAAUUAAAAGAAGAAAACAAAUCGCCACCAACGCCACCAACAAGGGACACCCUACGUGGUUGCAGGCGUUGCUAUAAAUAGCAGCCAAAUAGCUUUUAAAAUCACACCUUACUUCUCUCACAAAAAGGAGGGACACGUUGCAUAAUGUGAUCCCAGAUAUACUGGAUUGGAAUAGAAGACGGGGUGGUCACGGACGGAACACUGUUUAUCACAUAUCUGCUUGAUCAGGGCUGACCCGAGGCAAUCAUUCACAUCAACAAACCGUCUCCAUCUCUUUCAUUAAACAAUAAUAACACUGCAUGAUUAGUGCGAUGUGCUCCGAGGUGUUCCGCAUCAAGAGGAAUACUAAUAAAUGACAUUAGCAAAAAGACGACUGAAAAUAGUGCAAAGAUUUAAAAGCAUCACCAGCAACAAUAACAACAACAACACACUCAUAACAUUACUGCCAAUAAUAUCUAGGUUAACUGCAGUGUAUUGUACAAAUAAAAGGGUUCGAUGAACUCUUUACUACCUUAAUUUGAUUUUUGUUUCACAUACACAUAUAUUUAUACGGACGCAUAUAUACACUCACCCUUUAAUUUAGUUUGAUUCCCUGAUUGUCUCUUCUAGUCCCUAUCUUCGCUAAAGACAAACUAUCCUUACUUCUGUCCUUCUUUUCCUACUGUUUCUGCCUGAAGAACUCUCUCUCUCUCCUUCUCUCUUAGCUCUUACUGCUUACUUUUUCUCUCCCCACACUCCAUAUCCGUUCCCGGUGUAGAAGUCUCAUAACUCACCGUUUCUCUUUCUCUUUGUCCACAUCCGUUCCCCGGUAAAACUCUCAUAACCCGCUGUCUACCGGCGAUGUUACCAGAGCUUGUUGUAGCAACAACGAGAUGGUCAGACUCUUGGGUGCUCUGACGACAUUUUUGCAUCGUUCUUCAUCACCACCACCUUCUUCAACCUCUCAACUACCUCAACGAUCACCAACAUCUUCCUCAUCAUUAUCCUCAUCGCCGUCAUUAUCGCCUUUAUUAAUAAUAACAAGACUGUUGUUGUUGCUUGUGCUCUUGGCCGACGACGUCUCCUCUUACACACCACCAUGGACGGAGAUCGACCUCGUCUCUGGCAGGCCACUGGGAGUGAUUACCACAAGUUAUGCAUGGAUUGUACUGGUCGGAGUUUCCGCCCUCACUCCAUCGCUCGUCUUCGGACAUAUGUGUCAACAUCGUUCACCUAAAGCAGACGAGGUCAUCCACGAUGUCCAUCUCGAGCCAGCCCAUAUCAUACGUAAGAGAAGUGUUGACCAACCACUCCGUAUUUACUUACAUUACGAUAAAAGUGUAUCGCUUUUGCCAUCAAGGAAAUACCGGGAUUUACUUCAGAAAGACAUUUUACCCAAAGCUGUCCGUUACUGGCAAGACACACUCAGGGUUCGGGCCACACGUGUACCAAUUCGAUUGCGCAGGAAAUGCCAAUCAGGGAAGGUAGGUUACGAAAACCAAACACUAUUUUGCAGAGGAGAAUGUGACAAAAAAACAAUCUGUGGUGACAUCACCAUACCUGAGGAACACCUGGAGACAUGUUUUUGUGUUGAUUGUGAUGAAAGCAGCAAAGGUAGAAGAGGUCCUGGGGUCAGCAAUGCUGACUUCAUCCUUUACGUAGCUACUCUCUCUUCAGAACGUUGUCGCCAUGGGAACACAGUUGCCUAUGCAGCUUACUGCCAACAAGAAAGAGCUCUAGACAGGCCUGUUGCUGGAUAUUUUAGUAUCUGUCCAUAUUUUCUAUCAACAAGUCCACAGCAAACCAAACAGCUUUUGUCAACUAUUAAACAUGAAAUCCUUCAUGCAUUGGGUUUUACAGCUGGGCUGUAUGCAUUUUAUCGAGAUCAAGAUGGUAACCCUUUGACCACUCGGGAAGGAUAUGACAAUAAACCUAUAUACAACCGCACCCUUGAUUUAUAUCAGCCGAGUGAAAAGGUUGUCCGUCGGAUCGAACGUCCCAACUGGUUACUACAGUCAGGCCAAGAAAACCGAUCAGUUUGGAUGAUAGUCACACCAAAAGUUGUCGAAGAGGUUCGUCGUCAUUUCAAUUGUUCAACAUUAGAAGGAGCUGAACUUGAGGACCAACUAAUGAAUGGCAAAACUUUGGCUGAUGGUCUCAUUGAUGGUACAGCUUUUACUCAUUGGGAGAAACGAGUAUUUGAGAAUGAAGCUAUGACUGGCACCUACACCCAGAAUCCUGUUAUCUCUCGAAUCACAUUGGCAUUAAUGGAAGACACUGGUUGGUACCGAGUGAAUUAUGAUAAUGCCAAAGAAUAUGAAUGGGGCAAAGACUUGGGAUGUGACUUUGUCAAAACUAAUUGCUAUGAAUGGAUAAAGAAUAAAUCAGAAAGAAAGGAGAGCAUCCAUCCCUUUUGUAACCAGGUGAAAUGGGGACAGUUACACACUGAUUGUACAAACAACCGGCACUCUGUUGCGGUCUGCAAUUUGGUUCAGCAUAAGUCACCUUUGCCAGAGAAAUAUCAGCAUUUCUCUGAAUUGGAGGGUGUAUCUUCAGAUGAUGUGAAACGCUUUGGUGGUUCUGUUGAUCUUGCAGACCAUUGUCCAUAUCUUCAGGAAUUACUAUGGAAAAGUGGUGAUUCUUCAAUUCGUGGAUCACGUUGCACUGAGGAACAUAACAAUUUAGACGUGAAACACAAUUACUUUCUGGAGAAAUAUGGCAACACAUCUCGCUGCUUCAAUCAUGAUGGAAUGUGGCACUUGCAACAUUGUGGCAAAACUGUACAAACCCAACACAUGGGAAGUGGAUGUUACGAAUUUGAAUGUGACCCUGAAGAAGGGCUUAGCAUCAUUGUCCAGUCGAAGCGUCACCGAUGCUACAAAGAAGGUCAAAAAGUGUCAAUUUUCUAUGAUUCAACCCAAUUGCGGCAUCAAGGUUCCAUUAUUUGCCCUGCUUGCAAUGAAAUUUGUCAGGAACUCAGUAUACCGUGUCCCGAUGAGACAGAGCCCCCAGAGAUCAAAGUCGAUACGUCUAACUCACUGCCUCCUUACCCUUGUCAUGGAACAUUCCUGAGAGUUACCGAUAUCUUCCAUGUGUGCUAUAUAUCAACUCAAGUCCUUCUUACACAGAUUCUCAUUGCAAAACUUUCUCCAACAGAUAUUCUCUUUAACAUAUUUUGACAAACAAAAACACACAAACAAAUGAAAAACAGAAUCAAAACAGGAAGCCAUCAGGUUCUCAUUUGUAUCAAAAACAUCAAGUCUUUAGCAUUUAAACCAGCCAUAUCUGGCAUAAAUAUCCUACCUGUUUUGUGUUCAAACCAACUGUAUCUGGUCUCUCACACUUACCCUACAAUGUCAUUCUAAAAAUAAACAAUCACAUCAUCAAUAUCUCAAAGCUAUGAGAUAAUCCAGGAUUAAUUCCAAACCAUAUGAAUAAAUAAGCAUUUUUUUGACAAAGGAAUGUGAAUGUCAAAGGGUUAGACAUAAAAUCUCCAGAAUUUUUUUCCCAUCAGGAUUUUUUUUUUCUUUUUGGUUCCGGAAACAUAAAUUAAACAAUAAAUCCUAAUGUUCUGGGUUUUCUUGUCUGCCAGAAUCAUAAAUUAAACAGGAAAUUUUUAGUUUCUUUCUCUCUGCCCAAUGAAGGAGCCUCCAUGAGGUCAAUCAAAUUGCAAAAAAUAACAACCAAAUAUCCCUCAAAGUGUACAUUGGAUAAGGUAGUCCAAGAUAUACUCAAUGAGGUGGUCAUGGCUAAAAUGCCUUUGAUCAUGGGUAUUCUCAAUCAGGGUUGACCUGAGACUAAACAACAACAAAACUUUACACAAAAGCCUCAGGACUUUUUUUUCUGGUUUUUUUUUUUUUUUUUUUUUUUUGCCAGAAUCAUAAGUUUAAACAUAAAACUGGAGAUUUUAUUUUCAAUCAAAAACAUUAAAUCUGAAAUCUCCAGUCCCUUUCCCACCAGAAACAAAACUAAAUAAAAUAACACUUGAAACCCUCAGGGUAUCUUUUCUACCAGAAAUGCAAAGAAAGUGAGAAACCUCUUGGGUUUCUGUUUUUAACCGGAAAUAUUAAGUUAAACACAGAACUUUUGAAGCUUUCUAAGCUAAACAUGAAAGCCUCAAGAUUUUUUUUUUUUCUGCCAGAAAUAUCAGCUAAACGUGAAACUUUGUAAGGGAGGUGAUAUUUGAUCUGAAACAAAAUAUAUUUCAAAGCUUCAGGAUUUCUUUUCUAACACAAAUAUAAGCUAUUUUUUGGAGCUUUUUUUUUUUUAUGUUCCACAGAACUUUGUAUUCUUGUAUCUCUCUCUCUCUGUCAUGUCUGCUCUUUCCCUUUUCUCUAUCUAUGUCUGUCUGUUUCCCACUCCAUUGCUCUCUUUUCAAUCUUCUUUGCUCAACUUACGUCCUUCUCUCCUCGUUUUUUAAUUUUUUUCACGGUUAUUUUGUAAUCUUUUUUAAUUCUCCCAACCACCUCUUUCUUGUCUAUUUUCCCAUUUGCUCUCUUUAGUGCCUGGAAAUGUGAUUAUAUAUGUGUGCAUAUGUAUUUCUUAUACCUAUGUACAUAUAUGUUAUGUAUAUGUAAUAUAUAUACAUUAUAUAUAUAAAAAUUAUGUACAUUUAUAUAAUAUAAUAUAUAUAUAUAUAGAUAAGGGAAUCAUUUUAUUCUCAAACACAGGAUAAUGCUAAUAAUAUAACAUGAACAGGAUAACCUAUCCAUAGUUUGCAGAAAAUUCUGUUGGCAGCCAGCCAUGAGACUUGAACAUACAUCCUUCUGAUUAUGCAUCAAGUGCUUUACCAUUAGGCUAAACUGCCCAGCAACAAAUUCUUCUGCAAUUUUAAGAUAUAUAAAUCUAGCUUUAUAAGACGCUAUCGUACAUUAAAUUCAAGUUAUGUUGAAAGUCAAGAAACAAAGUUUGCUUUAGAAGCAGUGAGAUGUAUUAAAAGAUACAGAUAAAGAAAUAAUUUCAUUCUCAAAUGCAGGAUAAUGCAAAUAAUAUAGCUUGAAGAGGAUAAAUUAUCCAUAUUUUGAAGAAAAAUCUGUCGACGGCCAGCCAUGAGACUUGAACACACAUCCUUGUGAUUAUGCAUCCAGUGCUUUACCAUUAAGCUAAACUGCCCAGUGACAAAUUCUUCUGCAAUUUUAGGAUAUAUAAAUCUACCUUUAUAAGACUUUCAAUGUAAGUUGAAUUUAACGUACAAUAGCGUCUUAUAAAGCUAGAUUCAUAAACCCUAAAAUUGCAGAAGAAUUUGUUGCCGGGCAGGUUAGCUUAAUGGUAAAACACUUGACGUGUAAUCACAGGGAUGUGAGUUCAAGUCUCAUGGCUGGCCGCUGGCAAAUUUUUCUAAAAAAUAUGUAUAGCUUAUCAUGUUCAUGUUAUAUUAUUAGCAUUAUCCUACAUUUGAGUAUAAAAUUAUUUCCUUAUCUCUAUCUUUCAAAACAUCUCAAAGCUUCUAAAAAGCAAACUUUAUUGACUUUCAGCCUAAGUUGCAUAUAUAUAUAUAUAUAUAUAUAUAAAGUGAAGUAUACCUACAUAUAUAUGUGUGCAUGUAUAUAUAUAUAAAGAUACACAUAUAUAUAAUAUCAUGCAUUCUUCCCUAUCAAAUGCAACCUUCUAUGUAUUCAAUAAGUGACGUUGAAAUGAUGCUUUGUAUUUUCCAACUUCACUUGCUUUCAACAGAAUUAUUAUUUUUUUUAUGGGUGGGUGGGGGGAAGAUGUCACUGAUAUAAUAAUCAUCAUCAUCAUCAUCACUGCACCACAGAGCAGAGGACAGCUUUUACACGGGUGAAGUCCUCAGUUUUGGACUUUGGUUCUUGCUUGCUGACAUUUCAUUUCGCUCACAUUGCUGAUGCUAUUGGGAAAUAAACAUAUACACGUGUGUGUGUGUGUGUGUGUAUUCACAUAUAAAUACAAUAAGAUAUUACAAUAUGUUGAUAUAUUAAAAUAUAACAAAUACAUCAUCAUAUAUUCACAUAUACAUAUAUAUAUAAAUAUAUAUAUAUAUGUGUAUGUAUAUGUAUGUAUAUAUGUGUGUGUGUGUAUGUAUAUGUAUGUGUGUAUGUAUAUAUAUAUAUAUAUAUAUAUAUAUAUAUACUUGUACAUACAUUCACACACACAUUACAUUCUUCCACUUUAUUUUGAAAUAUUAAUGUUGAAUAAUAAUAAAAAAGAUGUUUCUGUGCCUCAUAAAAUAAAUUAUCGUUUAUUAUUUUUAUCAUCAUCAUCAUCAUCAUCAUCAUCAUCAUCAUCAUCGUCAGCAGCAACAAAAGCAGCAAGCUUGCAGGAUUGUUAGCACUGCGUACAAAAUACUUAGUGACAUUUCAUCCUUUCGGGGUCAAUAAAAUAAGUACCAGUUAAAUACUGGAGUCAAUGUUAUCAACUUGUCCCCUUCCUUAAAAUUGCUGGCCUUUCUCAUAGUUUAAAAUCAUUCUUCUUCUUCUUCUUCUUCUUCUUCUUCUUCUUCUUCUUCUUCUUCUUAUUAUUAUUAUUAUUAUUAUUAUUAUUAUUAUUAUUAUUAUUAUUAUUAUUAUUAUUAUUAUUAUUGAGAGAGCCGUGCAUGCCAUGAAGGUGACACUGGAGUUCAAAUAUAUGAAGCCCAGUAUACCCACCAUGACUACCCAUCUGAUAAGGUUUCACCAGGCACCUGCAUCACAACCAUAUGUGCACGACAUGGUGAUCUGAUAUCAAGGUAAACAGCGCAUAACCUUGCAGGUGGGGCCCAGUUAGAAUUUUCUUCAGUUUGAGUAGCCCAUCCCACUCAAAAGGUCCCUGAAUAAGGAUUGUUUAAGGAUAAUGAACAAAACGCCCAUGUUUCCAGAGGUGAAUUAUUCAAACCCCAAAGAAUUCCUCUCAACAUAUGACUAUGAUGCACCUCCACUACUUCUGCUCAUGAUCAGAGAUGCACAUAUCGUCAGUCACCAAGGCACAUGCUCAACUGGUUAAAGUCAAACAACUGACAAAGCAAAUCUGUGGUAUUGAGUAGAAUAUUUUCCCAUCUUUUAUACCAUU